GGGAGCCGGUGCGGAAAGAUGUCGGACGCGGCGGUGGCGGACACUAGGCGCCUUAACUCGAAGCCUCAGGACUUGACCGACGCCUACGGGCCGCCAAGCAACUUCCUGGAGAUCGACGUCUUCAACCCGCAGACGGUGGGCGUGGGCCGCGGGCGCUUCACCACCUACGAGGUCCGGAUGCGGACAAACCUCCCAGUCUUCAAGCUGAAGGAGUCCAGCGUACGGCGGCGGUACAGCGACUUUGAGUGGCUGAAGAAUGAACUGGAGCGCUACUGUAAGAUUGUAGUCACACCGCUGCCGGGGAAAGCCUGGAAGAGGAGGCUUCCCUUCCGAGGAGACGAAGGCCUCUUUGAGGAGUCCUUCAUCGAGGAGAGGAGGCAGGGCCUCGAACAGUUCAUUAAUAAAACCGCCGGGCAUCCAUUGGCUCAGAAUGAGCGCUGCCUGCACAUGUUCCUGCAGGAGGAAAUAAUCGACAGGAAGUAUGUUCCUGGGAAAGUGCGCCAAUAGGAAAGCCUUCCGGCCGCCUGCUUUCCUCCCUCCGGCAAAAUGACUUGA